AUGUCUCGAUUGUGUAUGGUUGAGAGGGUGCACGUCAGUGCUUCGACCAGGCUUUGCCUAGGCUUUUGCUCACCGCUGGUCGCUUCUGGCAAGCGAGCAGCCAGUGUUGAGUACACAGUGGAGGGACAAGUAAGCCUUGAGCCAGUCACGCAGGCGAUGCCUGAUUACGCUGGCUGUGCCAAAUGGGCUCGGCUAAGAACACCACUGGUCCGGCAGUCGUCGGCCGAAGCCUCGCUUCCAUCAUGCUUCAGCUCUCGGCAAGCGAAUCCAUCCAGCAAAGAGCCCGCCGACACACCCUCUCUUGCAACACAGCGAGCGGGCCCGUUCGGGUGCCGCAUCACGAGCCUGCUCCUUCGGCCCCGUGUGUUUCUCAAGACCACGGACCAUUACCCCGCUCUCAACCACGAACGCCUGCUCGCUUGGAAGGAAAAGGACUUUGGUACCAUGGAGCCAGGGCCCUUGACGGGGUUGUCGCUACGGGCGACUCUACGAGAGUCCCCCGACGGCCUGUCAGCGAGGCAACUGCUCUUUCUCGCACGACGUAUUGCCAGCAUUGCCACCGGCGGCUUCCGAUUCUUUCAUGACCGGUGCAUGUCCAUCAAUGCAGAGCAUCUCGCCGACGCGAGCUCCGAGUACUUGCAACCGCCACGCGGGUUUCCUUGGUCACAGCGAUUCGAAGGCCGUCCGUACCGACCAGAAUCAGGUGGUCCACCAUCCUGGUAUGAAAUGCAGCACAUGACGCGUGGUCUCUGGAACCUCCAAGUAAUCUAUGAGGUCCGAAAUGCGGCGAAGGAGGGCCGUUUGGGAUGGACAGCGCACGACGUGGAGCAGAUAUGGGCCAUGGAUGUCAAUGCCUGGUUCGGCCACCCGACGGUCUACUCAGAAGAGGUGCUCACGGCGCUUUACUACGUCCAUCACCUCGAGGGCAAGCCCCUUGCGGACAGCUGCAUCGGGCACCCCUUUUCGGCGCCGAGCACCGGUCCGCUCGGCGAAUAUCCGCUGCAGCUGCCCAAGCCUUGGGCGUCAACGACCGGAGAGGUGAAUGCCCUUGGCGAGACGACAAACGUGUGGCCAGCCGAUGUGCCGCACCCUCCACGAGGCGACUUUCGCGCGCGCUUCGGCUUCGAGGCGUACGGCUACAAGUGGGCGCAGCUGCUUUCCCAGAAUGUGCGCUCCCCGAUCCGGACCGUGUCGUUUAGGCCGUUCCGCGCGCUGGGGUUCGGGCUCUGGGAUCGGCAGCGGCUCGUCGCGUUUGGGCUGGUUGAUGCUCCGCCGGGGGAGCUGGCAAUGAUGAUGGCGCCCAAGACGACGGGGGACUUCUUUGCUUGGCGGAGUUGGCUUGAUGAGGGGGCGAAGGCAGAGAUUGAGGCGAGGCAGGAGGGCGAGUGGCGGAGCGGGCGGAUGGGAGGGCUGCUUAGAAUCACGGGAUGUUCUUGA